ACGGGCCAUUAUUAUCAAAUAUCUUUGUAAAUCUGGCCGUGACACUACAAUCGAACAAGUGUUGGUGUUCGUCCAUAACCGCCGCAAACUUCACAGCGUGACCUGGGAACUGUCAGUGUCAUCUGCUGCAUGCCUUUGUAUUUUGUUCUAUGUACUGGCUCGGUUCCAGAGAUACUUCCAAUUGUGCAGAAUACAUUUAUGUAUUUGUGAAGUGUUUAUUACCCCGUGUGAAAAUGGCAGGAGCGAGUGAUCGCCACAUUUACAACAAUAACGACACCAGCAGUGACACGGAAGACUACGCUGACGACCGCCGUCGCAGGGUCUUCAAAAACCGCUUAAGUUAUGGAUCGUGUUCGAAGCCGAAACCGUGCCUUGUGCAACGUUCUGCGUCCCUAUCGGACCCCCGGUGCCACUCUGUAGCUACGCCUAAGCAAUGUCACAAUGCUCCUCGCAAUAGAAGCCGCAACGUGCUGCCACCCGCCAAGAACCAGCCCCCGGGCGCCGCCGCCAACGCCUCCACCAACGUUAGCGACGACAGGGUCACCCUUGUGGUGGAUAACACCAGGUUCGUAGUCGAUCCCGCCCUCUUUAUGGCGCAUCCAAACACCAUGCUGGGAAGAAUGUUCAGCUCGAACUUGGAGUUCACGCAGUCCAACGAGAGGGGCGAGUUCGAGGUGGCCGACGGAAUCCCGGCGACCAUUUUUAGAGCCAUCUUGGAGUAUUACAAGGGAGGGUUGAUCAAGUGCCCACCGUCCGUCUCAGUACAGGAGCUUAGAGAGGCCUGUGAUUACUUGCUGGUGCCUUUCGAUGCCAACACAGUUCGAUGCCAAAAUUUAAGGGGCUUGUUGCACGAACUGUCAAAUGAAGGAGCCCGCUGCCAAUUCGAAGUUUUCCUCGAGGAUCUCAUCCUCCCUCUAAUGGUAAAUUCAGCUCAAAGAGGAGACCGCGAAUGCCACAUUGUGGUUCUACUGGACGACGACACCGUAGACUGGGAUGACCAAUACCCACCCCAAAUGGGCGAAGAGUAUAGCCAAACCGUCAACAGUACCGCAAUGUAUCGAUUCUUCAAAUACAUAGAAAACAGAGACGUUGCGAAGCAAGUUUUAAAAGACAGGGGUUUGAAGAAAAUACGUCUUGGGAUUGAAGGGUAUCCCACCUAUAAGGAGAAGGUCAAGAAGCGUCCAGGUGGUAGAGCUGAAGUGAUUUACAAUUACGUCCAAAGACCGUUCAUUCAUAUGUCUUGGGAGAAGGAGGAGGCUAAAAGCCGCCAUGUUGAUUUUCAGUGUGUGAAGUCAAAGAGUGUCACUAAUCUGGCAGAGGCAACGGCUGAUCCGGCAUUGGAGCUGGAUGCUAGGGGCAAUCCUAUUGUGGCAGUAACUAUAGCUGAUCCACCUCCAAUGGAGAUGCCGCCACUUUUACCUAUAGAUAUGCAGCCGCUGGGGGUCGACAAUGACGAAGGGGCGGUUGGUGGCCCCCAGGAGCUGGAUGCAGGCGCCAAUGCGCUUCCAGAUGAACAGAAUUGAAUUUGAGGCAUUGAAUUCGACUGAAAACUAGUUGUAUCAGUGUAUGAUUUUUGUUUGUUUUCAAAAUACUGCCACUGCUGUUUUAGUUUGUUUUGGGCACAUAAUACCAAUAUGAUAUUACUAUUGGAUGUAUUUACUUCAUAUUUGUAUCUAAAUGUGAAUUUUGGUUACAGUUACCGCACAUUUCAGGUUUUUCUCAAUAAUUGUGAUCAAUCCACGCCGGCACAACCUAAAUGUUUCAGCAAACAUGCCUAAAAGAGUACAUAAUUGUAGCUGUUUUGGCUGUGCCCUGCUCAUAAGAAGUGAACUGUUAAAAACAACACAUUCCUCUGAUUUACAAUGUCCAAAUUUUGCGAACCCUUGAGACUGAAAUUUGUAGAUCAUUUAAUUUGCUCAUUAUUUUUUAUUUAUUUGUACAUACUGUAUUUUAUUUGUGAUUAAUCUGGUAAGUUAUGCUUUGCUUUUAAUAUGAAUGUAGCUUAAGAUUUUAUACCUGUUGUUUUUAUGAAAUGCAAAUAAAUGGAGUUUCAUUGUAGAAAA